UAUUAUUCAUCGGUCCAGUGUUAAAUAAACGACCUCGAAGUAAUUGUUGGGAGGGUGCGAAAAUGGCGUCGAUUUCUGCGAAGACCACGUGCAUUGGCUGGGAAGAUUUCCUUGCUCUUCAUCGACCACAACUACUCUCAAUCGGUUUACCGGAACACUUAUGGGAAAGACUUUACAAAAAGCUAGCGCCUAUUCCAAGUUGUGACGCCACAGAGGCAUUUGAGCUGCACAAAGACGAACAAUUUGUCUCUUUGGGUCGUUGGUCUCUACACGCCAGACGGGCUUUGCAAAAACUUGGCGACGUGUUUCUCAUCGAGCAUGCUUGGUCCAGCGAUGGCGGUGCGGCUGCGAAGAAAUCUUUGGAAAAAUCUCCGGAACUUUUGACAAGGGUGAAGGAAACGCUUGGGCACAAAGAAAACAACCCUGACGACGAGGCGGCCGGGGAAGCUCUAUUAGACAGCUCUCUGGUUCUGUCGCAAAUCGGUGGAAUUAACGAAGAAAAAGCUAAAGAAGCGCUUGAGGCUACCGACGGUGAUCUAAUUGAAGCUUUGUGUCAAAUCACGGACGAUUCUUAUGAAACUAAAAAAUCGUCGAAAUCUAACAGGUCAAAAAUUAUGACCUUCGAGGAAUUCAAAACUGGCUUUCUUCACGGCGUUGGAAUGGAGAAAGCAAAAUUACUUUCAGAGGAAUACAUUGAAAAGAUGUAUUCCCGAUACAAAAGGGAGAAAGAGGAGUACCCUGAGUCGAUGGGCUUUGGUUAUGGCACGACCUCUUCGUACAGUUGGUCGGAGGAAGAAGAGGGCGCUAUGACCGUGCUAGUGUCUAUUCCAGUAACGGUAAAAAAGCGGGAUGUUGUGAGCAAAUUGACUACGAAGCGGUGGACUCUUGGCCUGAAAGGAUCUGCCCCUAUCAUCGAUGGCGAGUUUUAUGGCAAUGUCUGCCCGGAUGAGUCUUUUUGGACAUUUGAUUCACCUGGAGUUUUGGUCAUGACGCUUCAAAAACCAGAGAACGAAGAAUCGGAGUUGUGGCCAGUUUUGAUUAAAGGAGAAAAACAUUUAACAGAAAAAGAGAUUUCUGAUCAAGCAAGAGAGAAGGAUCAAAGAAGUGACUUUGAACUAAGCAGUGUCUUAAACAAUAUGUGGUAUUACAACCAGACCUAUCAGGUAGUGACGCCAGAGGGUGAUAAACGCAAACCUGUUUGGUACAUCAUGGAUAAAUUUGGAUCUGCUAUUGUUCAUAAUACUCAACCUAAUGUUAAAUGUUCACCUUUUGCUUUUUCUGUAACUGGAGUCUUCUGCUCCCUUCUUUGGCCUAUUAGGGAUUUAGACAAAGGAGAAAUGUGUACUAGGAAUUUUUGUCCUGCCCUGAGUGGAACAGAAACAAAUCUGCAAAGAGAAGGACGACUUUUGGCUUUCAGUCCUUCCUUGCCUGAGAGUGUUCCAACAGCGUUUGUGGUUGAACUUUCAAAGUUUCCACUAGCAGCCAAAGAAAACAAUAUUGUGAUCAAUGUAAGCUCUUUAGAAACACCUGCAGCAAGUCAGAACUGUCUUCAAUUGAAGGGCAAAAAACUGAAUCUGAAAUUCUUUAUGGAGACAAAUGGAAAGGAGAAAAGGCCAGUUCUGAGAGAUUUAGGCUGUACCCUUGUAGAAUCUAUGUCAGAAGCUGAAGCGGUUUGGCUUGAGAAAUGGAAUACUUUGGGCAAGAAGGUUGGCUCUGAGGCAAGAGUUAACCGACUUGCUGGAGAAGAACACCUACUUCAUCGCCAACUGCUUUCUAAGCAAGUUCAACAGGUUUGGGGCAAUGUACCUUGGUUCCCAGUUUCUUAUGACCUGUCACAGCAGUUGCCAGCUUUGUGUGCUGAUCACUACACCCAUGGCAUAGCCAGUUACUGGAUUUUAAGAGCAGCAGAUCCAAGCACUCUCAGUAUACCACCCAUUGUGACCAGUGAUCUACGCAGAGUCAUCAGAUGUACAGAGAUGGGACAGUUGGUAGCUUCUCCAUAUUGCUUUGAGACAGUUUUUUACAAGAAGAGGCGUUUCUGUCUCCAGUAUUCAGUCACAGUGAAAUCAUUGAAACCUCUGCAACUCUUGAUACACAACACACCUCAUGUUGAGGUGGCUGAGAAAGAGCAUAACCCAAAUGUUUUUUUUGAUGAGUUUGAAUCUUCAGAUCUUGUAUGUAGUAGCACUGAGCCAAAGAAGAAUGGGACAUUAAACCUCAAAGUGACUCAUGAGGAGUUCUUAAAACACUUAGGCUCUAAUUACUUGACAAAGAAGCAGAUUACUUGGGAUGCAAUCCAGUCCGUGAUUCAUGAGAGCAUUGCAAAGCUGUUUUAUGCUGUGGCACCAAGUCUUUCAGCCUUUCAAGGACGCAGUGGAAGAGAACUCUGUGCUGUGUACGGUGUAGAUGUACUACUGAAAGACACUUUUGAGCCUCUGAUCAUUGGCAUCGAUCCUACGCCAAAGUUUGAUAGCCAAAAAUGUUUUGCUGAUGUACUGUUCACGGCAUAUGGACAGAAUGGGGAGUGUUCAGAGAGUUCAAACAUCAGCCAGAUUUCAGUGAGAGAAGGCUGAAGUUUUUUUCCAGAGAUGCAGUUUUUCAAAGUUUUUAAGGUAUCGACACAUGUAGUUAUAAUCUUGAUUAGUGUGUACGUGUAAGUAAAUAACAGCAGUAAAUGAUCAAGAAUUAUGUACAUAGUAUCUUAGAUGUUGUACACAGGCAAGGAUUUUUUUUGUUUUACAUUUAGGAAAAGUAUUUUGCUGUAGUAUAGACUUCUCAUGAAUGAUGUAAUUUAGAUAUGAUCUGUCUUAAGAGACUUAGAUAAGUAAUGCCAUGAUUACACAGCGAUGAAGCUGAAGGAAACAACCUGAUUUUAUUGUGUGAUUUUUUGGUGAAAAAAAUUAUAAGAAAGAUGUUCUUCUAGACAAUUCCUUACAAUGUUGGUAGAUAACUUUUGCAUGAGUAACCCUUUAUCUUUAUAAAAGUGAAACUUGCUAUUGAUAAGUCAUCACAGAAGUAUGAAAAUUUCUUAUCCACUGCACUGAUUUUUCAGUUGUAAAAUAGUUUGUAGUUUUCUGGUUUGAUUUUAGAACAGUUUGCAUCAAUGUUAUCAUCUGAUGGAGAGCUACUACAUAGGAGAUAAAUUGCUGAGAUCAUUCUUGUACAAGUUGCAGGUAUGAAUGAUGCACUAUACAACUCCUAGACUGCUGUUUGAACUUUUCUCUGGAAAUUCCAUCUUGGAAAUCUCUAACAUCCCAAUGUGGAUCAAAAUCUGCAGAUAACCUCAGUUCUUUUUAAGUUAGGUACUAUACAAAAUAUGAAACUCACAUCGGAACAGAUUCACCAGCUGAUUCAUGUAUAUGGACAUUCAAGUCGUCAAAAAGCUUGAUACAGCAUUUUAACUGCAUUUUAUCCAUGAAGCUCUCACACCAAAUACCAUACUUACCAGUUGCUACUUUUAACCCUCUACACCCCAACAUCAGUAUCCAUAUUUUCUUUACUCUUCCCUGUACAAGUCUUUUGCUACUGACAUGUCUGUUAUUUUCAUUAUCUUCACCCUUUAACCCGUUAACUCCCAUGAGUGAUCAAGAAUCAUGUCCCAUGAGACAGAAUUCUCCUAACAACAUUAAUAUAAUAUCAAAUAGACAAGUGAUGAGAAUAAAGAAAAAUAUCAAUGAGGGGAUUACUAGUUGAUCCAAUACCAAAUUCUC